GGAGUCAGCAUGUAAAGCGGGCAGGUAAUGGUUAACUUCUCCACAAGUGGGAAAAAAUAUGUCGAACUAAAAAGGGAAAGAAAUCUGGAUUUCCGGAGCGCAUUCAUACUGCUUCAACGGGAUUAUUUAUUGGCGACAAGAGGAGAAAUGUGCAGGAGCUGUGCGUAAGAAAUCCACAAGAUUCCUGAGAGGGGUUGAUAUCGACGGAGGAAGGAUUGAGCCAAGUGCGACUUCAGUUGCUGCGUAUUCAUGCAAAUUCAUAAAAUUAUAGGCGUGCCUUUGGGCGAUGGAGUCACGGCCGGAAAAGCAAACCCCCCUCCUGGAUCACCAGCAACCUUCAAAGACUGAUGCGCAGCGCCCGGACUCACUGACAGUGGCACCGGAGCAAAUGUUUUAAAAGCACAAGAGAAAGAGAGGAGAAAGUUAGCUGUCUUUUAUCUACACGCUUCUUGACUGGCUUCGUCAACACAACGGCUGCUACGCCACUGGAUCUCCAACACGGGCUUAUUGUGCAAACCAAAACGCACCGCUGCACUAUUUGCAUUGGGUUUUCAAUAUUUUUGUUUAUUUUUACAAUCAAAACGGACGGCUUAAGAUCCUGAUGCAGAUGAAGUUAGAGGUACUUCCUAGAACUUGUGCGUAAAUACGCACUCAUUUGUUCACAAUUUGAGAAAAAUUAAAUAAUUUUUUAAUUUUAUAUUGAGGACCUUUCAAGCUUCACCAUGUCAGAGGACGAUAGUAGCUCCACCACCAGCAGUAUGUCCGACGCCGAAGCCAGCAACGUCAGCGUCCUCAACUGGGAGCAAGUGCAGCGGCUGGACGCCAUCCUGUCGGAGACCAUCCCGAUCCACGGCCGGGGGAACUUCCCCACUCUGGAGAUGCAGCCGCGGCAGAUAGUAAAAGUAGUGCGUAGUCGGAUGGAGGAGAAAAAGAUCCACGUCCGGGAUGUUCGGUUAAACGGCUCUGCAGCCAGCCACAUUCUGCACGGAGACAGCGGACUGGGCUUUAAGGAUCUUGACCUGAUAUUUUGCGCAGAUAUGAAAGGGGAAAGUGAUUUCCAGAUUGUGAAGGACAUAGUUUUGGACUGUCUCCUGGAUUUUUUACCCGACUGUGUGAAUAAGGAGAAAAUAAGCCCGUUAACGUUAAAGGAGGCCUAUGUUCAGAAGAUGGUGAAGGUGUGUAAUGACUCAGAUCGCUGGAGUCUCAUCUCCCUCUCCAACAACCGAGGAAAGAAUGUGGAGCUGAAGUUCGUGGACUCUCUCCGGCGACAGUUUGAGUUCAGCGUGGACUCCUUCCAGAUCAAACUGGACUCCCUGCUGCUGUUCUACGAGUGCUCAGAGAACCCCAUGGCCGAGACCUUCCACCCCACCAUCAUGGGUGAGAGUGUGUACGGGGACUUCGGCGAGGCCCUGGACCACCUACGCCACAAAUUAAUCUGCACCAGGAACCCCGAGGAGAUCCGAGGCGGGGGUCUGCUGAAGUACUGUCACCUGCUGGUGAGGGGUUUCCGGGCCGCCUCUGAGACGGAGAUGAAGUCCCUGCAGCGAUACAUGUGCUCACGUUUCUUCAUCGACUUCCCUGAUAUCGGUGAGCAGCAACGCAAGCUGGAAUCCUACCUUCAGAACCACUUUGUGGGCCUGGAGGACCGCAAGUACGACUACCUGAUGACCCUGCACGGGGUCGUCAACGAGAGCACGGUGUGCCUGAUGGGACACGAGAGGCGGCAGACCUUGGGCCUCAUAGCCAUGCUCGCGGUGCGCGUUCUCGCCGAGCAGAACGUCAUCCCAAACGUGGCCAACGUCACAUGUUACUACCAACCUGCUCCUUACGUGGCAGAUGGCAACUUCAGUAACUACUACAUAGCGCAGGUACAGCCGGUGUUUGCUUGCCAGCAGCAUGCAUACUCCACCUGGCUGCCCUGUAACUGAGUCAGCCACAGGUGAAGGUGGAGGGAGAGAUUUGUUUAAACAGGAGCGGAGCAGCAGACCUGCCCAGUGUUUGACAGAAAAAAGAGGCUUCUUUUUAACGUUUUGCAUCAAAGCUUGUGUUUUGGCUUUCACUCCUAUUUGAUGUGAAUAUCUCACAUUUCCUUGAAAUGCCAACGUCAUCUGAUCCUGCCCAGGCCCAGCAGGUUGGGGAGAGACUCAUUUGUUUAGCUUGGAAAUAAAAGGCUAUAAGUGCGACGGCCUCUCAGCAGAACUGUCAUCAGAACUGAUCGAAUCUGUCAAGAACUGAUUAUUCAGCACGCUCCAACAGCAGACCACAAACGGCUGCAUCAGUGCCCUGAAGCUGACAGUUUCUCCACACACACACACUGGCACACUCAAGGUGAAAUCAGAUGUGUGUGUGCAGGGCUCCAACACCUGCACCCUAGACUCAGCUUGACUUAAGCCUAAACUGAGGUGAGAUGCUGGUUCAACUAGUUUCGAUAACAAACCGGCAUCUGCGCCCACGCAUUUGGAUAUAAUUAUGGUUGUUUACAGACCAAAGAUUUUAUUUUGAUUGUUUCUAACAUUAAAACCCCAUUUUCAUUGGGGGUUAACUAAACAAAAUCUGAAGCUAUGUCUAUUUGUAUAUGUGAACAAAAUGUGUUUUUAAGUGCCUACAAAAGAAUGAGCAGUCCAUAUGAUUUUUUUGUGAAUUAGCCCCCACUCUGUUUAUAGUCAGGCACACACAAGACAACAGCACCCCAGAGGCUUGUGAAUGUACAUGUGAAACCAUAAAGUCAGUGUUUGUGUAUGUGUGGACGAAACCAUGCCUUAGUGGGGAUUUUGCAGUAAAGUAGCAGUCAUAUGUGCGAUUAAUGGAUUGUUGCAAGAUUCAUAUUUUUCAUGCCGGUGUUAAAAAUACUCCAAACAUGCUUUAACAUGUCCCAAAUGGAUACAGGUGUUGCAUAUUCUAAAAGUUUAUAUGCAAAAACAGAUAAAAGCCAUACUUAUGAAUCAAACCUUUCUUGGUGAUGCACAAUAAUUAUAAAAAUUGAAGAAAAUAAAGAAAUUCAGAAAAAAAUAUUGAAACAACCCAACACCGGUUUUAUUUACAUUCUCUGGAUUGCUCACAUAGUACAAAAAACAAAAACUAGAAUAAACCGAUAUCUGUUUUUGCAAAUGAACACUUCACUGUACAGAAUUCCUGACACUUUUUUUCCCACAUAAAUGCAGCAAAAAAAGGCCCACUCACACACAAUGACCCUGUAUAUUUAGUACAGCGACGCUUUUCUUUUUCUCACGUAAGACAGAAAAAGUUCACAAGAAAUAGAUAGGAAACUGAGAGCGAGGAAAGGACUGCAUUGAGAGAGCGCUGCUGUCUUUCCCCUAUGCUUCCUCCUACAGUAGAUAUUUGCAGAGACAGAUGAUGAGACACUGUUUGCUGUAGCACCCCGGCAGGGAAUUCCUCAGCUGCUGCUGAAGAGCUUGAACUAUAAGCGUGGGGUUGUGUCUGCAGACACUGUGUUCAGGGUUCAGGAAAAUGUCGUGCCAAACCUUUGAAUGCCCCGCUGAUAGUCCUGAAAUUUAAUGGGGCAAUAUGUGGAUGUAGAAAAAUAUAUAAAAGACAGUGGAGGAAGAAAUAUUUAGUGGUGAAAACGCAGGAAGGAGAGAUAGGUGCAGCUGGUGAUGGGGUUUAUCUCUUGGCCUACCAAUCUUUACUGUACUCUGUUGAGGUCAGACUAAUGGGUGGUCCAAAACAUUCUGGGGAAACCAUUUGCUCAUCGUUAAAAAGUGGAAACAGAAGAAAUAUCGCAUGCCUUCACACCAGCUUCAAAAUCUUUAUGAGUUGCAACCUAGUUUCACGAUUUAAGAAUGCUUAUUAAUGUUUUUUAUGCUUCAUUCCACACCGUGUACAUAUAUGAUUACAUUUAUCAGCUCACUUACUACUUAUACCGCAGCCUUUCUGGAUUGCAGAUUUACAAUUACAAGCAUAGAACUUAGUCCCAGAAGACCUGCAUUAACUCAAUUUCUCUUGCUGGAAAACCUUUCCCAUCUUCUAAUUCUGAUAAUUCACAACUGCUCUGUUCAUCUUUUUAAUGUCUGUCCACAUGGAUGGCACCCUUUGGAUUGUGCAGGCAAUGUAUUUUCAUUUUAUUCUCAGUGAAAUCCUAACAGCUCCUGUCUGUUAGAGAUCGUGGGUUACUGCAUUGUCUUGUAUCUCAAAUAUCUGUUUCUUUACAUGCAGUCUUUUACAAAUCACACUUUGAAAAAAAAAGACAGAAAAAAGAUCCUUGUCUUGUAUGUUUUUUUUUUAAUGAUUGUUAUUUUUAUAAGUGUUUGAGACACUGCGUUAUUUCGCAGUGCUUUUGAAUCUGUGAUCAGGCUUCAAAGGAUAUGUGCUCAAUAGCUUUUUUUGCUAUAUUAUGUUAUGUGUCCAUUGGGUCAAAAGGUUGAAUAUGUUUUCGUCAAUAAAAUAUCGGAAAUCCA